AUGGUGAAAAUUUUGAUGCGUGCGGACACGCAUGUGUCCUUCGUGGUGCCCAUCGAGGAACCGGUCGCCAAGUGCACCUUAUCACAGGUUCUGGCUGCGCUAACGGUUUCGCUCGGAUCCUUGGUGGUCGGUUUUUCGUCCGCCUACACAUCCCCCGCCCUGGUGUCCAUGGAGAACAGAAAUAUAACAUCUUUCGAAGUGACAAAGCAAGAGGGUUCGUGGGUCGGUGGUAUCAUGCCCCUGGCCGGUCUGGCCGGUGGUAUCCUUGGUGGGCCCAUGAUUGAGUACCUCGGACGUAAAAACACCAUCCUGGCGACCGCAACCCCGUUCAUCAUCGCCUGGUUGCUGAUCGCCUGUGCAUCGCACAUUACAAUGGUCCUCGUAGGUCGUGCCCUAUCCGGUCUGUGCGUCGGUAUUGCUUCACUCUCGCUGCCCGUGUACCUUGGAGAAACGGUUCAGCCGGAAGUGCGCGGUACGCUUGGUUUGCUCCCGACCGCGUUCGGUAACAUUGGAAUCCUACUCUGCUUCGUCGCCGGUAACUACCUGGAGUGGUCGGGACUGGCGUUCCUCGGUGCAACCCUGCCGAUACCAUUCCUGCUGCUGAUGUUCCUCAUCCCUGAGACGCCCCGUUGGUAUGUGUCGCGCAAUCGCGAAGAUCGCGCCCGCAAGGCCCUGCAGUGGCUGCGCGGACGCAAGGCCGAUGUCGAGCCGGAGCUGAAGGGUAUCUCGAAGUCGCACCAGGAAGCGAUACGGCACGCAUCCAACAAUGCCAUACUGGAUCUGCUGAAAAAGGCUAACCUGAAGCCGCUGUCGAUAUCGCUCGGGCUGAUGUUCUUCCAGCAAAUGUCCGGUAUCAACGCGGUCAUUUUCUACACGGUGACCAUCUUCAAGGCGGCCGAGUCCGGAUUGGAUGAGAAAAUCUCUACGAUCAUAGUCGGUAUAGUGAACUUUAUUGCGACCUUCAUCGCGACGGUACUGAUCGAUCGGGCUGGCCGUAAGAUGCUGCUGUACAUCUCCGACGUGGCGAUGAUCGUGACGCUCAUGACACUCGGCGGGUUCUUCUACAUGAAGGACAACGGCCAUGAUGUAUCGAACAUUGGCUGGGUACCGCUGACCGCGUUCGUUGUGUUUGUGCUUGGUUUCUCGCUCGGAUUCGGACCCAUUCCGUGGCUCAUGAUGGGUGAGAUUUUGCCUGGCAAGAUCCGUGGAUCUGCUGCAUCGGUCGCUACUGCCUUCAACUGGACGUGCACGUUUGUGGUGACGAAAACCUUCCCCGAUAUUAGCGCAUCCCUUGGAAUGUCCGGUGCGUUCUGGAUGUUCGGGUCGGUGUCUCUCGUCGGUCUGCUGUUCGUUAUCCUAUACGUCCCGGAAACGCAAGGCAAGUCGCUCGAGGACAUCGAGCGCAAGAUGAUGGGACGAGUGCGACGAAUGAGCUCGGUGGCCAACAUAAAGCCACUGUCGUUCAACAUGUAG